CCAAUCCAAAAAAAAACUCUCACAAUGGGGUAUUUUGAAAAAAAAUAUUGCAAUUUUUGGCUAUUGGUUGGAGAGGGAAUUGUUCUCCCAUCAAAAAAAUCCAAUCGCAGAGCCUUUUUUCUGCAGCUAUUGGAUCCACAGUCUCUUAGUUGCUGGAGUCCAUGCCGGAGCCCGUCAGGCCAAAGAUGUCAGCACUAAAACAACCACCUACCCAACAAACCAUGUAAACGGCCACUCGAGCACGUGAUGCCAUUCCAAGAGCAGAUCCGGAAGUGGAACCUAAAAGGCCGGCGUCGGGGAUGAGAGAUCCGGUCGCCAUGGAUGAGGCAUGGGUGCCGUCGUCAUCGUCAUCUCGCGGCGAAUUCGACUCUUUGGACUCGUCAAUUGGGCCCAGAGCUGCUUCGUAACCUUUGGAGAAAUACCUGGCGCCGAUGAGCUUUCUAUUGCAGCUCGAAACGUUGAAAUUCUUACCGGAUUUGUACUCUCCCUUCCACCAACUCGGAACAGGGCCAAGGCUAGAGUAGUUGAAGCUCAGAAUCCACCAAUUGCUGGAAAGACCACCAUGGACGGAAACCCACUUGACGGAAUUUUCUCUACGGCGAGCUGAACGACAUCAAAUGUCUUCCCCACAACGGCCCCUCAUAAUUAAACCGCCGGACCCGCAGACAUUGAGGACUAUAAUCGCCUGAAGUUAUGGUCCUCAUGAUCAACAACUAUCCGGUGCCUCGUGAGUUCUAUCGCCCUCCGCUGCACAUCACCGCCCAUGUCUACAGUUGAUCUGUGGUUUUUAGUUUCUGCCACCACCAUUGGAGAUCUUCUCGACGUAGCUCAAAUCAUUCCGUUGUGCUGGGCAAUCCGGUCGACUAUUUCUGGCGCGUAAGUCCAACUGUGGGUCACAUAUUUCUUCAUCUGGAAAAAUUCUGGAUCAUUAAUCCAUGGACUCUUCAUCGCUGCUAUUGUUGAAGUCCCUCUGCAGUUGAUGUUUGCCUUCACCGUGUUGCACCCAUUGUGCUCCAACCUGGAAGUUUCAACCAUGAGGGGAAGAAGACAAAUAAAAGUAAACAAAUUAAGAAAAGGAAACAUGUGAG